CCUAGUUUUAGUUUGUUGCAGCCUCGCAAAUCGAAAAUGUAUAUUUCGAGACGAUUUUUAAUGACAGCUUUAAAAAGUCGGCAGAAUAUUUUUACAGUCGUGUACGUUUCUGUGAUCCUUUUCUUCCUGUAUUAUCGAUUCGUGUUAAAUGAAUAUAAAGUGACAUCAUUAACUCUUAAAAAGUAUAUCAUGCGUCAUCAUGAUGCAUCAGUAAUACAACAUAUGAAUGAGGAACAACUUCAGGUUAAAAAUAUUCUUUUUUGGACUAAGUUUUGGAAUAAAACAUCUUGGUAUCUAGGAAGUGAUGAAGCUGGUAAAGAACUCUUGGAAUCUCUGAAUUGUCCAGUCACAAAUUGCUUCUUCACUCACAAUAGAACUUAUUUAUCAAAUGUCACUCAAUAUGAUGCAAUUCUAUUUCAUGGUGCUCAAUAUUUAAAGGAUCAAUCUCCAAAUGAAAGAGCUUCUGAUCAGCUCUAUGUAUUUGCAAAUUUAGAGUCGCCGUACCUUACAGUUGAAAACUUGACUAGAUAUAAGAAUUUUUACAAUUUGACAAUGACAUAUCGCUUUGAUUCAGACAUUCCAUGGUUUUAUGGGAGAAUCGUUGAAAAAUCUACGAGCGAAAUCAUUGCACCUUCAAUGAACCCAACAUGGAAGGAACCAGAAAGCAAUUUUUAUGAUCCUGAAAUGCACAAAAUAGUUUUAAGGAAGAAGACAGCUAUGGCAUGGUUUGCAUCUAAUUGCAAAUCAGCUUCCAAACGUGAAGAUCUUGUCAAUAAACUCCAAAAAUUUAUUGAUGUUGAUAUUUAUGGAAAAUGCGGGAAGUUACAUUGUGAAAAGAAUUCCAUGUUAUGCUACGAUAUGCUUACAACCAAUUAUUCGUUCUAUUUGUCAUUUGAAAAUUCCAUAUGCAGAGAUUACAUAACUGAGAAGCUUUAUAGACCAUUGACAGAAUAUAUUAUCCCGAUUGUCUUCAAUAGUGGAAAAAUGUCGCUUUAUGCGCCACCCAAUAGCUACAUUGAUGCCAAUGAUUUCGAUUCUAUUGAACAUUUAGUUGCUCAUUUAAAAUUCUUGAUGUCAAAUCCUAAAGAGUAUGUAAAGUACUUCUGGUGGAAGAAAUAUUACGAUGUAGUCAUAGAUCCUGCGUCCUUUAAAAUUGGAUUUUGUGAUCUUUGUAUGAAACUUAAUAAUCCUGAAUUUAUGGAACAAAAACACAUGUAUCCUGACAUUCAUUCUUGGUGGGUUGAUGGCAUGUGUUAAAAUGAUCAAGAAUUGCAUUAAAUACUCAAAGGAAUCGACAUAGUCACUUCAAACUAAUGCCUUUUCAAUAGGAAGAUGAAUUUCCGUCAUUAAAAACUGUGCAAUUAUAUCCUUCAUCAUAUACUUUUUUUGAAGACAAUGCAUCACACAAUCACUUGCUCAUUUUCAUUUCCAUUUGUGGCAUUAAAAGAUAAAUAAAGUAAGAACAAUUGAAAUGGAAA